AUGACCAUCACCAAGGGGGUCACAAGCGUGAUGUUCGAACAGGACGCUACCAACAAACCUCAAUUGAUCCGCAUGGAUCAGCGUUUCUCGAGUUCCAGCUACGAUUUUAAGCGAAAAGCGUCGACGAUAGGGUGGUGGACUACCAUGGAGCAUGAGAAGUUCCUCGAGGCUCUCGAGCUGUACCCGUCCGGUCCAUGGAAGAAGAUUGCACACCACAUAGGCAGCAGAACACCUCGCCAAGUGAUGACUCAUGCACAGAAGUACCGGCAACGGAUUAAGCGCCGUGACAAUAGCAAAUCGCGUUCCAAGAGCAAGGGUGCGUCAUCGAAAGUGGUCGACGAGAUUAUGCCAACUCAAAGCCCGGUUGUCAGAGGAGAGGGCGACAUGCUGUCGGAAGUGCUGCAGUUGGAGCCGUUGCCUCUUUUGCAAAUCUGUGAGAGCGAGAUAAUCGAGCUACCGAAUGAAGAGGUUUUAGCGCUCGACGAAUCACUUCUCGAUGAACUGCAACAACUUGUCGCUCCUGUUGACAAUGCAAUUUUGGAGCCGGUGGACUUGAGUGGUGACGAGUUAAUAGAGCUGGUUGACAGUGUAAUCGAUUGGACUCCUGUGAUCGCAUCCAGCUGUAUGCUACUUUCGUAG